CCAAUAAACAACUUAUAAUGUCGAAUGAAGCUGAAGAAGAGAAUGCUCACUAUCGACAUAAUUCGUUCAAUGUAAAUAAUGAAGCCAUGGUUCAACCAGUAGAUAGCACGAACCAUUUUAAGGCACCUUUUCCAAGGCCUUACCAUCAACCGCAGCGACAUGCGACGGUGUGGGACAAUGACCAUCGACCUCAUUCGCAAUCACAUGCACGACGAGCCUCGGAGAACUUUCCAGCACAAAGACAAGUAGCGCAACAACAAUUAUAUCCUUAUCAACCCAUGACGGGCACGCAUCCAGUUCCGACCUCAGAUAUUACGGUGCCACACAUGUUUAUUGCUGAGCCCGAUGAAGAUCCAAUACAACAUUUGGUUUUAUUACCACUUGGUAAGACGGGCGCUGGUAAAUCCAGUUUAUUAAAUAUCUUGUUGGGUUAUGAUGAAUUUAAAGCAAAAGCUGCGGCUAAGUCCGUCACGGAUUGUAUCACGGAACGCACGGGAAUAUGGACCAUUGAUCAAACAGAGUCGAUUAUUACGGUGGCAGAUACACCGGGUUUUGCUGAUUCUAUGCAACGUGAUGAGGAAUUCUUAUCAGAAUUUCAAGACUAUAUUUUGGAAGUGGGGCAACGCUUUGGUAUUGAUUCAUUCAUGCUGGUAUUCCAAUGUAAUUCACCCACAGGCAAUGUCAUGUCUAUUUUAGAUCAUUUUAAAUCCAUGAUGGAUCAGAAAUUUCCAGACGAUGAUAGCUAUUGGAAUCAUGUGAUGCUUGUAUUUACACGAGUCGAUUAUUUCCCCAACCUGAAACUACCAGCCAAUUUACUGAGUAAAAAGCAAAGUAUUACCGAAGUGCUGAUACCUGAAAUUCAAGAGAAAUACAAUAUGAAGGCACCUCCCAAGUAUGCCUUUGUAAGUUCAAAGGCACCAAACUGCUCGUACAAUAAAAAAGGACAAUGCGAUUGUUUAGCUGCUAAGAAGUAUCAUUUGGAUCAAAUGAGGACACUAAAAUCAAGAAUUAAUGCCAUCAUUAUAGAUAAUGGUGGUCGAUGGGUGCCACACACUUAAUAUAUUCCUGCCUGCUUGUAUUCAUAUCCAAUAAAUCGCCUCCUUUUAUAUAUAUACAUAUGAUUCAAAGCACGGACUUUUUUUUUCAUGCGUAGAAAAAAAUGGGAUCAUCUACAAGAAGACAGUGCUUUUAAAUAGGACCUGUUCAUUAAAAAAAGAUCUACUUGCGGCAUUAUAAUGUAUAAAAAAAGUUAAUUGUUUGAUGUGCAGCCCGUUUGUGUGUAACAUGACAAUGGGAGCCAAU